AUGUACUGGAAAGUUCAAGAUGAACUUAUUAAAAUUAGUGCUGACUUGGUAACAGAAAAAAUUGUAGGAGAAAUUUUGGAAACUGGGUAUUUUGCUCUAAUGGUCGAUGAAGCUAGGUCUCAUAAACAAGAACAAUUAUCUGUAUGUGUGCGGUAUACAGUUGGUCUUGAAAUUUAUGAAAGAUUUUUACAAUUUGUGAAUGUUUCUUAUGGCCAGGAUGCCAAUCAAAUUGUUUCUGCUAUUAACAGUAGUUUUAAAAAUUGUAAUUUAAACAUGAAUGCACUAAAUAUCGUAGCACAAUCGUACGAUGGUGCCAGUGUAAUGUCCGGCCAUAUUGGAGGUGUACAAGCCAAAAUUAAAGAACAUUAUCCCUGUGCAAUAUAUACACAUUGUAUGGCCCAUAGGUUGAACUUGGUUGUUGUAGACCUAUGUAAAGAAAUUAAGGUAAUUUUUGAUGCUCGUUGUGUUUUUAAUACGUUAGAAAUGAUAUACGUUCAUUUUGAUCGUCCAUCUAACAAUACCAAACUUGGAAAAAUUCAAUUUAAUCUAGGAUUGAAAAAGGAAGUAUUCUCAGAGUAUGCGACACUGGAUGGGUGUGCCGAUUUAAAAAUUGUGAAGCAAUGA